AUGGCCAAAAAAAGUAAGGUCCAGAAGCAGCAAAAAGCACCUGCUCCGCUGAAAAAGCGCAGUCACGACUCCGGUGAUGAUGUAUCUGACACAGAAAAUUUGGUCCAGGAAUUGGAUGAGGAUUUUGACGAAGUUGCACAGCUCUUGGGUGAAAACGUUCAAGACCCAGAAGACAAAAAGAAGGCUAUCAAGGACCAGAAGAAGUUGGAGAAAUUGCAAAAGCAAUCAGAGGCUCAAGAUGCCGCCAUCCGUCCCGCUGUUGUUGCUCCUGAGGUGCUGAAGGACGCCGACGACACCGACAACUACGAAUUCGAGAAAGCAGGCUUUUCUGGGCCCACCAUGGCUGCUAUCCGCGAAAUGGGAUUUUCCAAGAUGACUGCUGUCCAGGCCAAGACUAUUCCUCCAUUGUUGGCUGGUCGUGAUGUAUUGGGUGCUGCCAAGACUGGUUCUGGUAAGACAUUAGCCUUUUUGCUUCCCGCCGUCGAGCUCCUCUACUCAUUGAAGUUCAAGCCAAGAAAUGGAACUGGUGUCAUUGUUAUUUCGCCCACUCGUGAGUUGGCCCUUCAGAUUUUCGGCGUGGCCCGUGAAUUGAUGGCUCAUCACUCUCAAACCUUUGGUAUUGUUAUUGGAGGUGCCAACCGUCGUACUGAGGCUGAAAAAUUGGCUAAGGGUGUCAACCUUUUAAUUGCUACUCCUGGUCGUCUUUUGGAUCACUUGCAAAACACUCCAGGUUUUGUGUUCAAGAACUUGAAGGCCUUGGUCAUUGAUGAGGCUGACCGUAUUUUGGAGAUCGGUUUCGAGGAAGAAAUGAAGCAAAUUAUCAAGAUUUUGCCUAACGAAGACAGACAAUCCAUGUUGUUCUCUGCCACUCAAACAACCAAGGUUGAGGAUUUAGCCCGUAUGUCUUUGAGACCAGGCCCAUUGUACAUCAAUGUCGUCCCAGAGUCCGACGUUUCCACUGCUGACGGUUUGGAGCAAGGUUACGUUGUCUGUGAAAGUGACAAGCGUUUCCUUCUUUUGUUCUCUUUCCUUAAGCGUAACGCCAAGAAGAAGAUCAUUGUCUUCCUCUCAUCUUGUAACUGUGUCAAGUAUUUCGGAGAGCUCCUCAACUACAUCGACCUUCCAGUCUUGGACUUGCACGGAAAGCAAAAGCAAGCCAAGAGAACUAGCACUUUCUUCGAGUUCUGUAACGCCAAGCAAGGUAUUUUGAUCUGUACCGAUGUGGCCGCCAGAGGUUUGGACAUCCCUGCCGUGGACUGGAUUGUCCAGUUCGAUCCACCAGAUGAUCCUAGAGACUACAUUCAUAGAGUUGGACGUACUGCUCGUGGUACUUCUGGAAAGGGUAAGUCAUUGAUGUUCUUGACGCCGUCAGAGUUGGGCUUCUUGCGUUAUUUGAAGGCUGCCAACGUUCCUCUUAACGAGUACGAGUUCCCAACCAACAAGAUUGCCAACGUCCAGAGUCAAUUGACUAAGCUCAUCAAGUCUAACUAUUGGCUCCAUCAAAGCGCCAAAGAUGGAUACCGCUCGUAUCUACAAGCAUACUCGUCUCAUCACUUGAAGACCGUGUAUCAGAUCGACAAGUUGGAUUUGGUGAAGGUUGCUAAGUCUUUCGGUUUUGACAUUCCACCAAAGGUUAAUAUCACCAUUGGUGCUAGCGGCAAGUCCAUUGAGAAGAAGCACAAGAAACAAAGAAGGGCCUAG